AUGAGGGGCGCGGGCGCCUGGGCCGCGCUCUGCCUGUUGCUGGCCGCCGCCGCGCAGCUGUCGCGGCAGCAGCCCCCGGAGAGACCUGUUUUCACAUGUGGCGGCAUUCUUACUGGAGAGUCUGGAUUUAUUGGCAGCGAAGGUUUUCCUGGAGUGUACCCUCCAAAUAGCAAAUGUACUUGGAAAAUCACAGUUCCUGAGGGAAAAGUAGUAGUUCUUAAUUUCCGAUUCAUAGAUCUUGAGAGUGAUAACCUGUGCCGCUAUGACUUUGUGGAUGUGUACAACGGUCACGCCAAUGGCCAGCGUAUUGGGCGCUUCUGUGGCACGUUCCGGCCUGGAGCCCUUGUGUCCAGUGGUAACAAGAUGAUGGUGCAGAUGAUUUCUGAUGCCAACACAGCUGGGAAUGGCUUCAUGGCCAUGUUCUCUGCUGCCGAACCAAAUGAAAGAGGGGAUCAGUAUUGUGGAGGACGCCUUGAAAGACCUUCUGGCUCUUUUAAAACCCCCAACUGGCCUGACCGUGAUUACCCUGCAGGAGUCACUUGUGUGUGGCACAUUGUAGCCCCAAAGAAUCAGCUUAUAGAAUUAAAAUUUGAGAAGUUUGAUGUCGAGCGUGAUAACUACUGCCGAUACGAUUUUGUGGCUGUGUUUAAUGGUGGGGAAGUCAACGACGCUAAGAGAAUUGGAAAGUAUUGUGGUGAUAGUCCACCCGCGCCAAUUGUAUCUGAGAGAAAUGAACUUCUCAUUCAGUUUUUAUCAGACUUAAGUUUAACUGCAGAUGGAUUUAUUGGUCACUACAAAUUCAGGCCGAAAAAAUUGCCUACAACUACAGUACCACCUGUUACCACCACAUUCCCUGUAACUACGGGUUUAAAACCCACCGUGGCCCUGUGUCAACAAAAGUGUAGACGGACGGGGACUCUGGAGAGCAAUUACUGUUCCAGUAACUUUGUACUGGCUGGCACUGUUAUCACAACUGUCACCCGAGGUGGAAGUUUGCAUGCCACAGUCUCGAUCAUCAACAUCUAUAAAGAGGGAAAUCUGGCAAUUCAGCAGGCUGGCAAGAACAUGAGUGCCAAGGUCAUCGUGGUCUGCAAGCAGUGCCCUCUCCUCAGAAGAGGUCUAAACUACAUUAUUAUGGGCCAAGUGGGUGAAGAUGGGCGAGGCAAAAUCAUGCCAAACAGCUUUAUCAUGAUGUUCAAGACCAAGAAUCAGAAGCUCCUGGAUGCCUUGAAAAAUAAGCAAUGUUAA